GAAAACUAUGCCUUUGAAACAGAUUUCCUGAAAGGUUGACAAAAUUCUAUAUUUAAAAAUUUCAAUAUCGUUGUUAACGCUCAAGCUCAGGCCCUAAUCACCUGCAAAUCAUGAACGUACGAAGCUUCAGUAUGCUCAAAACCUGCUGGCGCACAUUUCCAAGACGGUUCGCUACAAAAGUAACAACAGUUGGCGGUGAUGAAAUUGGUAGCGGGACAGGCAUUGGACAAAUCACUGGACGCGUGCGAUACAACGAAGGCGGGCCUCAUAAGAUAAACACGCCGUCUAAAGAAAUUGUUACGGACUUGCCGCCUCUCACCGAAGCACUGCCCAAUUUGCCAACCGCUGUCUAUGCAGAGCCGCUGGCCGAGAGUGCUACCACAAAAGUGACGACGUUAGUCAAUGGACUGCGCAUUGCGUCGGAGCCACGUUUCGGACAGUUCUGCACGGUUGGUCUAGUGCUGGACUCUGGACCACGCUAUGAAGUAACUUAUCCCAGUGGCGUCUCACAUUUUCUGGAAAAGCUUGCGUUCAAUUCCACAGUUAAUUUUCCCAACAAGGAUGCUAUACUCAAAGAGCUCGAGAAGAAUGGCGGCAUUUGCGACUGCCAGAGCUCACGAGACACGCUAAUUUAUGCCGCCAGCAUUGAUAGCCGUGCGCUUGAGUCUGUUACACGCCUGCUGGCCGAUGUGACUUUGAGGCCCACGCUAAGUGAUCAGGAAGUGAGCUUAGCGCGUCGUGCAGUCAGCUUUGAGCUGGAAACAUUAGGCAUGCGGCCAGAGCAAGAGCCCAUAUUGAUGGACAUGAUACAUGCGGCUGCUUACAGAGACAAUACGCUGGGAUUGCCAAAGUUAUGCCCUCCACAGCAACUGGAAAAUAUUGAUCGUAAUGUGCUGAUGAACUAUUUGAAAUAUCAUCAUACACCAGAUCGUAUGGUUAUUGCAGGCGUCGGCGUUGAUCAUGACGAACUGGUAGAACAUGUCAGAAAAUAUUUUGUUGAAGAUGAGGCAAUUUGGAUAUGUGAAGACGUAAGUGCCGACAGUCCCAAACAAGUGGAUACCUCCGUAGCGCAAUAUACUGGUGGUUUAGUCAAAGAACACUGUGAAAUUCCGAUCUAUGCGGCCGCUGGUUUGCCAGAGCUGGCGCAUGUGGUGCUCGGCUUUGAGGGCUGCUCCCAUCAAGAUCCAGACUUUGUGCCUUUGUGUGUGCUCAACAUAAUGAUGGGCGGCGGCGGCUCAUUUUCAGCUGGUGGCCCCGGCAAGGGCAUGUACUCGCGUCUCUAUACCAAAGUUCUAAAUCGGUAUCAUUGGAUGUAUAGCGCAACUGCAUACAAUCAUGCCUAUGCAGAUACCGGUCUCUUCUGCAUACACGGCAGUGCACCGCCACAGCAUCUGCGUGAUAUGGUUGAGGUGCUAACGCGUGAGCUGUUAAAUAUGGCUACCGAACCGGGGCGAGAGGAGCUGAUGAGGUCCAAAAUACAGUUGCAAUCCAUGCUGCUAAUGAACCUCGAGUCACGACCUGUGGUAUUCGAAGAUGUGGGUCGACAAGUGCUGGUCACGGGGCAUCGCAAGCGACCGGAGCACUUUAUCAAGGAGAUUGAAAAAGUUAGUGCAGCUGACAUACAACGUGUGGCCCAAAGACUGCUCAGCUCGGUGCCAUCGGUAGCUGCACGUGGCGACAUACAGAAUUUGCCAGAGAUGACGCAUAUAAGUAACGCUCUAAGCAACAGUGGGCGUUCGCUUGGACGUCGUUUGUCGCUAUUCAAGUAGCUGUAACAAUUUCAGAACUUGCAUUAAACACGCGUUGUUAAA